AUGGAUCUAGGAGCCUCAGGAAACUGUUCAGUUGUGACUGAUUUUGUCCUGCUGGGCCUGACAGAGACCCCAGUUCUACAGUCCAUCCUCUUUGUCAUCUUCCUUCUUGCUUAUGUAGCUACUAUUGGUGGCAAUUUCAGCAUCCUGGCUGCCAUUCUCACUGAGCCCAAACUCCAUACCCCUAUGUACUUCUUCCUGGGUAACCUGUCCCUGCUGGAUAUUGGAUGCAUCACUGUCACUGUCCCUGCCAUGCUGAGACAUCUCAUGUCCCAUGAUAGGAGCAUUCCCUAUGGAUCCUGCCUCUCACAGCUCUUUUUCUUCCACCUCCUGGCUGGGGUGGACUGCUUCCUCCUCACUGUCAUGGCAUAUGACCGCUAUCUGGCCAUCUGCCAGCCCCUUACUUACAGCACCCGCAUGGGCUGGGGGGUCCAACGGGCCAUGGUGGCCAUGUCAUGUGUCUUUUCCUUCUCCAAUGCAUUGACUCAAACUGUUGCUUUGUCUACUCUUAACUUCUGUGGCCCCAAUGUGAUCAAUCACUUCUACUGUGACCUCCCACAGCUCUUCCAGCUCUCCUGCUCCAGCACCCAACUCAAUGAGAAGUUACUCUUUGUGGCAGCAGCCUUCAUGGGUGUGGCCCCCUUGGUCCUCAUCACUGUGUCCUAUGCCCAUGUGGCUGCUGCUGUUCUACGAAUCCACUCAGCUGAGGGCAGGAAGAAAGCAUUCUCCACUUGUGGCUCCCAUCUCACUGUGGUCUGCAUCUUUUAUGGAACUGGCUUCUUCAGUUACAUGCGUCUGGGCUCAGUCUCAGCCUCGGACAAAGACAAGGGGAUUGGCGUCCUCAAUACCAUCCUCAGCCCCAUGCUCAACCCAGUCAUCUACAGCCUCCGGAACCCUGAUGUACAGGGAGCCCUGAAGAGGGUGCUCACAGGGAAGAAGCCCCCAGAAUGA